AUGCUCACUUGGCGCGCGGUGCGCAAGUUCGUGUGGGGAGAUGUCCCCGAGACGAAGGCGGAGCAGAUCUUGCUUUUCAAGAUCGACUGGUUCAUUCUGUCGUAUUGUUGCCUAAUGUACUUCACGAACUAUCUGGAUAGAAGCAAUGUAUCCAAUGCAUACGUUUCCGGGAUGAAAGAAGAGCUGCACAUGUAUGGGACAGAGUACAAUAAAAUCAAUACGAUCUUUACGUGUGGAUACAUCGUUGGGAUGAUUCCGAAUAAUCUAAUGCUUCAAGUUGUACCGCCUAGGAUAUGGUUCCCUUCGAUGCAGAUUGUUUGGGGCGUACUGACAUUCUGUUCGAGCGCAGUAAAGAAUGUAGAGCAGUUGUACGCUAUCAGGUUCUUCCAAGGCGUCACGGAGGCAUCCACCUUCGUAGGAACGCACUACGUCCUUGGCUCGUGGUAUAAGACUGGAGAACUUGGGAAAAGAUCUGGAAUCUUCACCAGCUCGGGUUUGAUUGGCACAUUGUUUUCCGGCGUGCUCCAGGCUGCCGUGUAUCAACACCUUGGUGGAGUUUCGGGUCGUAGCGGCUGGCGCUGGCUGUUUAUCAUCGACGGUGUGAUCACGCUUCCGAUCGCACUGUACGGCUUUCUUGUCUUCCCCAACGUGCCUUCUACCACGAAUGCAUUCUACUUGUCGGAAGAGGAACGACGACUCGCUACCGCGCGCGUGCAAAAAGAUAAAAGGUCGAGUGCUGAAGGUAUGCACGGCCGGCUCAGCUGGGACUUGGUGCGAAGAGUGCUUGGGCGAUGGAGGUGGUAUGGCUGUAGCCUUCUCUUCGCCAUUUCAGGAGAAUGCGAAAGCUUUGGGUCGAAUAAUCUAAUGGGGCUGUGGCUCAAGGCUAUUGGUGGCUAUACAGUAGAAGAAAUUGAUUACUAUCCUUCGGGUGUCACUGCUGUCGGGAUUGUCUCGACCCUUGUCUGUGCAACAUGGACGGAUUCGACACGAUCGCGGGCGCGGUGGCCUGUGCUUGUAUGGAUGGUCACAGCCGUGAUUGUUGCGAGCAUCUGCAUCGUCGUGUGGAGCAGCCCGAUAGGGCUGAAGUUCUUUGCAUACUACCUGGCAGGCGCAAGCUACUCUGGACAAGCGACCACGUUUGCUUGGGCAAAUCAGAUUUGCGCAGACGAUGAUCAAGAGCGAGCGAUCGUACUCGCUUCGAUGAACAUGUGGAACAAUGUUAUAAACGCCUGGUGGCCACUCAUUUUUUAUCCCGCGACUGAUGCACCCAAGUUCCGCAAGGGAAUGUGGGCGAUGAUUGGCACCGGUGUGGCCACAUUGAUGGUGACAUUUUUUGUGUGGUACAUGGAGCGGAGAGAAAAGAUGUCUCAUCCUGUGCUCGAGGAAAACGACAGAGCUAUAGACGAGAAGAUCAGUGAGAAGGAUCUAGAUGAGAAAAUUGUGGCCGAGUAG